AUGGGCACCUGUCUAGAUUGGCACACCAGCAUCGCCAACUCCUUACCCGCCUCUAUCUCCCCCGAUGACCGCUCGAGAUUCGCCCUGGAGUGGCGCCAGACUUACUUCGACUACAACGCCGCCCGGCUUGCAGCAGGACAGCCACCUGAGGACAUCGACGUCUCGCACCGGCACACGCUGGACGUAAUGCUCGCCCGCCCAGAGUGGGCCUCGUGCAAGACCGCCUUCGGAGAAGGAAGUGAAGAAGAAGACGAAAAGGCAGCCAAGAAACGGUGCAUCGCGGCAUGGCACAACCAGCCCGCCUGGGCAGACGUGAAACCAGCCCUGGAGGCCCUGCGGGCGCGAGGCUACGAGACAUUCGUGCACGCCAACGGCACGGUCCGGCUGCAGCUGGACCUGGUGCGGUCUUCGGGCCUGCGGGGCCUAUUCGACGUGCUGUUCUCGAGCGAGCUGCUGGGGGUGAUCAAGCCUGCGCCUGCGAGCUACGACAAGUGCCUGGACCUGCUGCGCCACAGGCCUGAGGAGUGUGUCAUGGUUGCUGCGCAUGCGUAUGAUACGCGGGGUGCGAAGGCGGUGGGGAUUCGGACGGUGUAUGUGUAUCGGUGGACGGAUGAUAUCAAGGAGGAUCAGGGGGUUGUGAAGGGGGAGUUUGAUGUUUAUCUGGAUGGAAUGGAGGCUUUGAUUGAGGCUGUUGAGGGGUUGGAUAGGUAG